GAUUUCGACUCCCAUGACAUUUAAAUGACAUUUUUGUUGUAAUAUAAAAGCGAAGAUUUCGAUAUUGAGCGAAAAAUAUUGAAGUGUGAACCACGGAAACAUUAUCAGUUUGUUAGUUUGAGAAACCAUGGGUAAAGAUUAUUAUAAAAUACUUGGGGUUUCACGCAGUGCAACGGAUGAUGAUAUUAAGAAAGGGUACAGGAAAAUGGCAUUAAAAUAUCAUCCAGACAAAAAUAAGGACCCUGGUGCAGAAGAUAAGUUCAAAGAAGUAGCCGAGGCCUUUGAAGUGUUAAAGGAUAAGGACAAACGAGCUGUGUACGACAAGUAUGGAGAAGAAGGAUUAAAAGGACAGCCAAAUUUUGGAGCUACUGGUGGGCAAGGCAUGCCAGCUGGUUUUACUUCGUUCACAUUUAGUGGAGAUCCAUUUCGGACAUUUAAUGACUUUUUUGGAGAUGAAGAUCCGUUUGCAGACUUUUUCAAAAGUAGUGGAUUUGGUUCGCAUGCUUUUGGAGGUGUUGCUAGUCCAAGUAUGUCUCCUUUUUCAAAUUUUGGUAAUCUUGGUAUGUUUGGACAUUCACACUCUGCAGAAAAUCUUCCUUCACGGUCGGCAAAGGACCCACCAAUCUACAGAGAUCUUCCUAUCAGCUUAGAGGACUUAUUAAAUGGUACAACAAAGAAAAUGAAAAUAACAAGGAAUGUCACUGAUGGAGGAAUGACAUUCGAGGAAGAGAAGGUGCUAACGGUAAAUAUCAAGAAAGGUUGGAAGGCUGGAACUAAAAUAACAUUUGCUGAGGAAGGUGACCAGAGACCUGGUACAACUCCUGCUGAUAUUAUUUUUGUGAUAAAAGACAAACCUCAUGAACAGUUUAAACGAGAUUCAGACAAUAACAUAUUGUACACAUGCAGGAUAUCCUUGAAAGAUGCCCUUACAGGGGCCACUGUUCAAAUACCGACAUUAGAAGGCAAGACGGAGAGGAUGCAGUUGACAUCUGUAGUUCAACCUGGGUCUACAAAAGUAAUUGCCGGCAAAGGACUACCAAUGCCGAAAUCACCCAACCGCCGUGGUGACCUCAUAGUGACAUUUGAAGUUCAUAUUCCUGAUAAUUUAUCUCAGAAGGACCGAGAAAAAUUAGGAAAAAUGUUGCCGUGAAUUUGUUUUUUUUCUAACAUCUUAACCACAGUGUGUUACAAUGUGUGUGUUCAAUACAAUGUUAAAGAAAAUUAUUUUUUAGCAUUUGUAAUCUAUUUUCUUUGUAUAUAGCAGCUAUAUUAAGCAUAUAUUUUAGGCUAUGACAUUUAGGAUGUUGUAAAAUGUUUUCAAAUUUACACCAGCUGGUAUAGA